AUGGGCACCAGCGAAAUUGGGCGACGGCCUUUCCCUGAAGAUUUAGACGGAGAAAUUCUACUCAGGCUGCCCGUGAAGUCAUUGUUUAGAUUCAAAUGCGUGUAUGUUCUUAUCAAGAGCCCUACUUUUAUUAGAAAACACUUGAAUUGUAGCAAGAAUAGGCCUCCCCAACUCCUGAUUUAUGAUUAUGGUGCGCGUGAUGAUUCCCCUCCUAUUACUUUGAUUUCGGAGAAUCAUGGUGAUGGUGAAGCUCCUAAUUAUAUCCAUAGAUUUAGAGGUUUGACAAAAGUUAUAGGCUUGUUUUUGUUGCAGAAAGAAAUUGAUCCCGAAAAUAGGUACAUGCAAAUCUUUGCAAUGGCGCUGUGGAAUCCUUCGACCAGAGAGGUGAGGCACCUCCCUCCACACAAAAUCGAGUACACUCACUUUGGGUUCGGAUUAGAUCCCUUGACUAAUGACUAUAAGGUGGUUUACUAUAAUUUCCACUUUGGUGAAUAUGAAUAUGCAGCUGUCUACUCUUGUUCUACUGACUCAUGUACAAACAUUACACCUAAAAUUAAAUUCUAUUCCUACGGACGCUCUUUAGAUGAAGCCUAUAGUACUGCUUAUCUGAAUGGGGCUUAUUAUUGGCUGCUAAGCGAGGGGCUUAAGUACAGCAUUGUUUCGUUUGACUUUAGCAAUGAGGUGUUUGAAGAGAUUGAAGGGCCAGAUGAUUCAUCUGGAUUUCUGCUGUUAAUGAGUGACAUUCUGCAUAACCUUAGCUUCAUCAUUGGCUGCAAGGUUAGGACCAACAAAAAUGGCUGCAUUUCACUUCUACUUGCUCUUGUUGGUUGGCUGUUUCUGGUCAGACGAUCUUCCUAUCAUUUUCCAAAGCGCAAUUUGUUGAAUAAAUUAAACAGUCAGAUGGGAGAUGGUGCAGAAAAAUCUGUGUCAAAUGCUUAA